CGGACAGUACUUUGAUAUCACAUUUCCUGGAAUAGUAUAUACAUUAUUAUAUAUAAAUAUACAAUAAAUAAUUUUCCAACCAUAUAUCAGCAGCAAGAAAUGAACACCAAUACUGCCGGCAGGUUCGUCAGCGACGGCGCGGUGGAAAUAGCCAUGGAGACGGAGGUCCACCAGGUGGCGCCGCCGCCUCGCCGGAGCACCUUCGGGAAACUGAAAGCUCGCCUGAAAGAAACCUUCUUCCCCGACGACCCUCUCCGGCAGUUCAAAGGGCAGUCCCGGAAAACCAAAUUCAUUCUUGCAGCUCAGUACAUAUUCCCUAUCCUCCAUUGGGGCCCUAAAUAUAAGCUCCAGCUCCUCAAAUCCGACAUUGUUUCUGGUCUCACCAUUGCCAGCCUCGCCAUUCCUCAGGGAAUUAGCUAUGCCAAGCUUGCUAAUUUGCCUCCAAUUGUUGGUCUUUAUUCAAGCUUUGUCCCUCCAUUGAUCUACGCUGUUCUGGGGAGCUCCCGGGACCUCGCAGUCGGACCAGUUUCUAUAGCUUCUCUGAUAAUGGGAUCAAUGUUGAGGCAGCAAGUUUCACCAGUGAAUGACCCGAUUUUGUUUCUUCAAUUGGGCUUUUCUUCCACUUUCUUUGCUGGUCUCUUUCAAGCCUCUUUAGGGUUCCUCAGGCUUGGAUUUAUCAUCGAUUUCCUUUCCAAAGCUACCCUGAUUGGGUUCAUGGCAGGGGCAGCCAUAAUUGUCUCACUUCAGCAGCUCAAGAGCCUUCUUGGCAUCAAACACUUCACUACUCAAAUGGGAAUCGUCCCUGUUUUGGCUUCUGUCUUCCACACCACACACGAGUGGUCAUGGCAGACAAUACUCAUGGGCUUUUCCUUCCUCGUCUUUCUUCUCUUGGCCAGGCAUAUUAGCACAAGGAAACCAAAGCUAUUCUGGGUGUCGGCUGGAGCCCCUUUAGUCUCAGUCAUCCUUUCGACCCUUCUUGUUUUCGCAUUAAAAUCUCGUCAUCCUGGCAUCAGCACUAUUGGAAAGUUGCAAGAAGGACUAAACCCUCCAUCAUGGAACAUGCUGCACUUCCAUGGAAGCCACUUAGGCCUCGUCAUCAAAACAGGACUCGUCACUGGCAUCAUUUCUCUUACAGAAGGGAUUGCUGUCGGAAGAACUUUUGCUGCACUGAAGAACUACCAAGUCGAUGGCAACAAGGAGAUGAUUGCAAUAGGCGCGAUGAAUAUUGUCGGCUCAUCGACUUCUUGCUACGUCACCACCGGAGCCUUCUCGAGGUCCGCCGUGAACCACAACGCCGGCUGUAAGACUGCCGUUUCAAACAUCGUAAUGUCGAUAACGGUCAUGGUCACUCUCCUCUUCCUCAUGCCGCUGUUUCAGUACACCCCUAAUGUUGUCCUAGGCGCCAUCAUCGUCACGGCUGUUGUCGGCCUGAUCGACGUCCCUGCAGCCUGUCAGAUUUGGAGGAUCGACAAAUUCGAUUUCGUUGUCAUGCUCUGCGCAUUUCUAGGAGUACUGUUCAUCUCCGUCCAGAAUGGCCUCGCCAUCGCGGUUGGGAUAUCUAUUUUCAAGAUCCUUCUGCAGGUCACCAGGCCGAAAACUGUGAUGCUAGGAAACAUUCCAGGGACAGAUAUUUACCGCGAUGUUCGACAUUACAAGGAAGCUGUAGCCAUCCCUGGAUUCUUGAUUCUGAGCAUUGAAUCUCCCAUUAACUUUGCCAAUUCCACUUAUCUCAGUGAAAGGAUUGGCAGAUGGAUCGAAGAAUGUGAAUCUGACGACGACAAAAAACAUCCCGGCCUGAAAUUUGUCGUUCUUGAUUUGUCAGCUGUUAGUGCAAUCGACACAAAUGGCGUCUCCUUCUUCAGAGAUUUGAGGAUGUCAUUACAGAAGAAGAACCUGGAGAUGGUGCUGGUGAAUCCAGUUGGGGAAGUGAUGGAGAAGUUGCAGAAGGGAGAAGAGUUAGGAGGACAUGGUGAGUGUCUGUUCCUUACAGUGGGGGAAGCUGUGGGUUUUCUUGUAUCAGCAACCAAGGCACAGACAAGGAGCAGUGAUAAUCCUGUGUGAUUAUAUUUAUAUAUGGCUAAGGAAUGAAUUGAACCCGCUGAUUAAAAUAGUUAAUGAUGAUUCUGUUCAUCAAUUAGAUGAUAUACAUCUACUCCUUAAGCAAAUUGAAAAUAUUAAUUGUCACCACUCCAGGUUAUCCUU